GUUUCCUUUCUCUUUUUCUCUCUCUCUUUCUCUCCUCCGUUUGGACCACCCACUCUGAACGUCAAUUGUCAAGCCUCUAUCAGGGUACGGUCGGGUAGACGUCACCCAGAACCCAAGCGUUCGAAAACGGAAGACUUCUGGCCUCUCCCGUUGGUCCGCCUGCUUGUUAUCCUAUCUAUCCCAAAAGGCCCGUCCGGUUUCGCCGGUCCCAUUCAGCAGACUUUUCUCCGUUGCGAUCAUCCAUCCCCCGAUAGAUGCCCCGGAAGCUGCUUUCGAAUCCCUUCUCGAACACCGUCAGCAUGCCACAGGAUAGAAAAGCCUCUCAGCCCAAAGGCAACCGCUUCACCCAACUUUUCUCCGCCAGACCCAAAGAGCCCUCGUCUGCUCAGCAGGCGCUUGCCAUGGCGAUGCAACAACAACAGGCCAACAAUGCCUCGUCCAUCUCGGAUGCAAGGGAAUUGACUGUCACUCGCUUGGAUGAUAAGCCCGCGGGUCUUCUCCAGCCGCAAUCGAACUCUGAACAGGGCACCACAAGCCGCGCCGAUGCCGAAUUCGGCCCUCUGUUGUCACAGUCGCACCGCUACAUCAGCAAGCACCAGGGCGAACCCCUCGAGACUCCCGUUCUGGACGAGCCUCCCUACUACUACGUCCUCACUACAUACAUAAGCUACCUCGUGCUUAUCCUCGUUGGUCACAUCCGUGACUUUUUCGGCAAGCGACUGGGCAACCCAAAACAUUACGCCUCACUCAAGGCCGCCAACGGCUAUGCCCCGCUAAACGAAGACUUUGAUAAUUUCUACGUCCGACGACUCAAGAUGCGUCUGGAUGAUUGCUUCGCCCGCCCGACAGUAGGCGUUCCCGGUCGCUACAUUACGCUCAUGGACCGCACGUCGAACGACUUCAACCGUACCUACAAAUACACUGGCACCCACACCGAGACCCUCAACAUGAGCUCCUACAACUACCUGGGUUUCGCCCAGUCGGAAGGAACCUGCGCUGACGCCGUUGAGGAGUGCGUCAAGAGGUAUGGUCUUAGCUUCUGCAGCCCUCGACAGGACGGUGGAACGUCGGACCUCGCCAUCGAGGUCGAGCGUGAAGUGGCCGACUUUGUCGGCAAGCCUGCUGCCAUGGUUUUCCCCAUGGGUUUUGUCACCAACGCCAGCUCAUUCCCCGCCCUGGUCUCCAAGGGCUGCUUGAUCAUCUCAGAUGAGCUUAACCAUGCUUCCAUCCGUAUCGGUGCUCGUGUCUCGGGUGCCGUUAUCCGAUCAUUCCGUCACAACGACAUGGAGGACCUCGAGAGCAAGCUGCGUGAUGCCAUCUCCCAAGGACAACCGAGGACGCACAGGCCGUGGAAGAAGAUCUUGGUGGCUAUCGAGGGUCUGUACUCUAUGGAGGGCACCAUGUGCGAUCUUCCCGGCGUCAUUGAGCUUAAGCACAAGUACAAGUUCUUCCUUUUCGUCGAUGAAGCCCACAGUAUCGGUGCUCUUGGCCCCCGAGGCCGUGGUGUUUGCGAUUACUUUGGCAUUGAUCCCUCCGAGGUGGACAUUCUCAUGGGUACCCUAACCAAAUCAUUCGGUGCCAACGGUGGCUACAUUGCCGCCGAAAAGCACAUCAUCGACAAGCUUCGCGCUACAAACAAUGCCACCAUCCUCGGAGAGUCUCCUACUCCGUGCGUCCUCAUGCAAAUUCUCGCUUCUCUCAAGCUCAUCACCGGCGAGCUGAACCCUGGACAAGGCGAGGAGAGACUUCAGCGCAUUGCCUUCAACUCUCGUUAUCUCAGGCUGGGACUUAAGCGUCUCGGCUUCAUCAUCUAUGGUCACGACGAUUCGCCAAUUAUCCCCCUCAUGCUCUACCACCCGGCCAAGAUGCCUGCCUUCAGCCACGAAAUGCUCAAGCGGAAGAUUUCGGUUGUCGUCGUCGGGUACCCCGCAACUCCUUUGAUCAGCUCUCGUGCUCGUUUCUGCGUUUCGUCAGCUCACAACAAGGACGACCUGGACAGGCUCCUCGCUGCUUGCGAUGAGAUUGGUGACAUUCUGCAGCUCAAGUUCUCCAGCGGUAUCGCCGGUGGUCUUGAGCCUCUUCCAGAAGGCGUCACGCCCGAGAUGGAGGAUGAGUGGCGCAAGGCGAAUGGUCUCGAGGGAGUUGUUAAGGCUCCGAGGUGGAAGCUCGAGGACGUCAUCGCUCGCGGCGCUGAAGAUACCCAACAGAGGCUGCGUUAAUCCCGCGCCGUUUCUACGAAUUAUUUUUUUUUGCGCUUGCGGAGUAACAAGGUCCGCUCGAUCAUGUCUUUUUUUUUGGGAGUUGAGGAGUAAAUACUAUUUUGGCGACAAAACUAGACGGGGGGCUCUUUAUUGUGUUUCUCGGGCGAUACUCCUCUUUGUCAAUGUCUUUUUAUUCUUGUUUGCGGCUUGUGGCCCCAGAUGAUCCACUUUAUUGUCUGUCGGUAUGGGAAUAUCAUGUAUAGAAAGAGAGAUGGGCUGAUAAUUAGACCCAUCUUAUGUCCCUUGUUAUUAUCGGGAUCCUUCUGCUGUAUAAAGGAGGCUAACAAUAACCUAGUUAAAUGCAAAGGCAUAUGAGUGGCUGGAUGCAUUCAGGGGCAUCUUUGACAGGAAGAGAGGUGGAUGAUUAAUAAUACCAACUGCCUAAUCAUUACCUGUCAAUGUCUUUUGUUGAAAGUUGCUUGGUUUAUUGCCGUUU